AUGGGCAACACCCUAGUUAAGUCACUAAUCCCAUCUGAUGAGGACAUCCUGAUAUCAGGCAGGCUGGGCCACGUUACUUGCCUCCAGUUCUGUGGCCUUUUCCUUGCUAUUCUAGGCUGGAUUAUGUGUGUUACUUCGACUGCAGUGGAACAGUGGAGAGUAUGGCAUGUGCACAACGUCACAGGCAUCAGCUCUGGCAUUGUAUGGAUUGGCAUCUGGAAAGUUUGCUUUAUGAAAGAUGCUACUGAAAAAAACAAAUAUUUCUACUGUGAAGAAUUUACUGAUGAACACAAGACUCUCCCUAAGGAAAUAUUUAUUGCUCAAGACCUAAUGGCAUUAGCUUCCAUUGUCAAUGCACUGGCUAUAAGUUUUAUGUCAUUUGCCUUAUGGAAUGUUUUCAAGACUACAAAGCAGAAAGAAGCUUUGAUUACCUUCUUUACUAUUGGAGGCAUUCUGAACUUAGCAGCAGGAGUCAUUGUCUCCAUCCCAAUUUCCUGGAACCUACAUUCUGUUCUGGCAAAAGAGGAAAUUGAGUUCCCAGAGUUUUUCCAGUUGCCCCGAGCUCCCAAGGACCAGUACGUUGGUACAGCUAUUUAUAUAGGAUUUGGUGCUGUAGCUUUACAACUAGUGAGUGGAUCCUUUAUUCUCAUUCAGAAAUACUUGACAGUCAACAAAACACACCCUUUUGACCUUAUACAGGCCCAAGCAAUUGCAAGUAAAAGCAGGUCUCAUAGCUGCCCAUCAUGUGGCUCAUCGGUGGAUCUCACAGGGAUUUUAAAAAAUGCUUGA